AAGCAUCUUUUGUCAAAUGCUGUGGCCACUUCCUUUUCAAAAGCCUCCAGCCAGCUUUGCGUUCUGCAGACCAACCCGGCUGUGAUCGGUAACAGGACUGACUGUACUCUAGGACUCAAGCUCGGUCAAGGAGUGUGAUGACUGGGGAGCAGAUGGCCUCCUUCCAUCAGCCGUCAUCCCCCAAUGCCCUGGAGCGGCCCCUGAAGAUCGGCUGGCUGAAGAAGCAGCGGUCCAUCGUGAAAAACUGGCAGCAGAGAUACUUUGUGUUAAAAGGCCAGCAGUUGUACUACUACAAAGAUGAAGAGGAUGUCAAGCCUCAGGGCUCCAUGUAUCUACCAGGAAGCACCGUCAAAGAGAUUGCCACGAAUCCAGAAGAAGCUGGGAAAUUUGUCUUUGAAGUCAUUCCAGCCUCAUGGGACCAGAGUCGAACGGGACAGGACUCCUACGUCCUCAUGGCCAGCUCACAGUCCGAGAUGGAGGAGUGGGUGAAAUCUAUCCGAAGAGUCACUGGGGCGCCAUCUGGAGUGGUAUUUGGUCAGCGACUGGAUGAGACUGUGGCAUAUGAACAAAAAUUUGGGCAUUACUCAGUGCCCAUCCUGGUAGAGAAGUGUAUGGAGUUCAUCAGAGAACAUGGCUUGAAUGAGGAAGGUAUCUUCCGACUGCCUGGUCAGGACAACUUGGUGAAGAAACUGAGGGAUGCCUUUGAUGCUGGGGAGCGACCCUCUUUUGAACGAGAUACAGAUGUCCAUACUGUGGCCUCCCUGUUGAAGCUCUACCUUCGAGAACUCCCUGACCCCGUGGUGCCCUGGAGUCAAUAUGAGGGAUUUCUGCUGUGUGGCAAACUUAUGAAUGCAGAUGAAUCAAAGGCUCACCAGGAGCUGAUGAAGCAGAUUUCCAGUCUUCCCAGAGACAAUUACAACCUUUUGAGUUACAUCUGUAGGUUCCUACAUGAAAUCCAGUUGAACAGUGCCAUUAAUAAGAUGUGUGUGGAUAAUCUGGCCACUGUGAUUGGUGUGAACCUCAUCAGGCCCAACAUAGAAGACCCUGCGGUGAUCAUGACAGGGACUCUCCAGAUCCAAAGAGUGAUGACCAUGAUGAUUCGGGACCAUGAAGUGCUCUUCCCCAAAUCCAAGGACAUCCCCCCAUCUCCACCUGCUCAGAAACAUGACUCCAAGAAGUCUCCAGUCCCUCGGAGCUCAGUUGGCUGGGAUGCUGCUGAGGAUUCCUCCAUACCUCGGGCAGACAGUUUUAAUCAGACGACCAGUGAUGCCGAUAAAAGCUCCACCGGCCUAAAGGCAGCUGAUGGACCCCCGGAAUUGGAGACCUGUAAAGAGACUAAGGAACCGUCAGGAUCGUGGAAGCUGCAGUCUCGAAAAAGGACUCAAACGCUUCCGAACAGGAAGUGUUUCUUAACUUCAGCCUUGACCAACAGUAACAGCAAAGUGGAGAUCUUCAACACAGAGUUCUGGUCCCCCUCCCCUGAAGGCAAAGCCAGCGGGCACAAAAGAACGCUGUCUCAAGAUCUGCAUCGCUUGGCAGACUCUGAGCAGACUUCCACGUGCAAAAGCAUCCUCCCCAGUUUAUCAUCCACUGGGGACAAAACCAGCCUGCCCGAUUCCCAGCCAGCCUCCACCUCCAACGCCCCGACCAGCAUAAGCCCUGAGGAGAAAGGGUCUGCUCAGGAAGACCAGGAGUCUCUGCAGAAGGUGAUUGUAGAGCUGAAAAAGGAAAUGGAAGAGCAGAGCCGGGUCUAUGAGGAACGAAUCAAAAGCCUGGAGAAGGAGAACUAUGACGUUUGGGCCAAAGUCGUGAGACUGAAUGAAGAAUUGGAGCAAGAGAAGAAGAAGUUAGCUGAGCUGGAAAUCAGCUUUCAAAACAUGGAGCGCUCACGGCAGGACAUGGAGAAGAGGAACAAGGUCCUGGAGGAGGAGCUCAAAGAGUGUGCCAAGUUGAAGUUGACGAAAGAGCCCAACUCAAAUGCGUGAUGUUGGAGAGGGCGGACGGUGCCUAUUUAGGGCACAGGCUGUCUUCUGUGAGGACCUGGGAUGUGAUGCAGGCACAAUUGCCUCUCAUUCCUAUUAGAGGACUUGGAAGCAAAAAUACUCCCUGUGAGAGUAAGGACCUCUUGGGAAACAAACCACAAAGAAAGAGCCUUCACUUGUCCCAGGAAGUUACCUUGGUGGCCUAUAGAAGAUGUGGCAGAAAGGCUGCUGCAUGGAUGUCCCUACUGGAUGAGUCUGGAAAAGGAUAAGGCUUUUUCCUCUGUAUGCUAGGAUGAGUGAAGAUGACAUUUGUUCUUCUAAUAAUGAGUGAAUAUUUCUGACUGAAAACAUUCUGAGCAAACUGAAAUCAGGAGAGCUCAGAAAGCCAGCUGCUUCUGGGCCAUGGGUCUUGGUUUCCUGGCUCUCUGAGUCCUGAGAGACAAGAGACACACAGCGACAGUCAAUCAACUCUUCUUUAUCUGUAGUAGGAUUGAAGUGCCUUUUGAAUUCCUAACCAUUACUGCCUUGAAUAUGAGGCAGUUUGACAUAGUGGGACUCAGGACCUGGGUUCAAGUCUCAUCUUUGACACAUACUGCCUGUGUGACCCUGGGCAAGUCACUUACCCUCUAAGCGCUCUAUGCUACUCUCUAAGACUUGUAGUUGCAGAGAUGGUACUGAUUUGCUUUGAUAAAUUCAGUUUUCUCAUCUAAGUAUUCCUUAUAUCAAUGAAAUAAAAGAUUUGGUUCCUGUCCUUGAUAGUGCCUAGCAAGGUCCUUGGGUUACUUCCUUAUCUUUCAGCCAAUAUGUUCUCAAGGAUUGGAAACUACCACAGAAAGGCAAAACUGGGACUUUAGGGUGUGUUUGGUGCAAUUUAUCAUUUUACGGAAGAGGAAACUGAGGUUCAGGGCAGAGAUGUGCUUCCUGAUGUCAUAGACCAAGUUAGUGGCAGAACUGAGCCUAUAACCCAGGUCUCUUGGUUUUCCAUUCAAUGUUUUUUCCAUUGUCCCACAUUGCUUCUGUAAGGAGGUGAAUUUGUGGGAAGAAAAUAUAAACUAUUUCAAAGCUAAAAAGAAGCACCUUUUGAUUAUCUAUUGCUUUUAUUAUACAGGGCACUCACUACCUGGUUUUGGUUCAUUAUAAGGAGAAACAUACUAACAAAGAGAGCUGUGGAAAAAGGCUGAUGAAUUGCCUUGGGAUGUAAUGAAUUCCAGUCAUUGGAGGUUUCCAAAUGGAAGCUGGAUUUUUGUAGAAGGGCAUUCCCAUUGGACUAAUGACCUUUAAGAGAGCUGAGACCUUCUGACUCUGCAAUAGUAAUAAUGCAUAUAAGUGAACAAGCACUUAUUAAAUACCUACUAUGUUCCAAGCAUUGUGCUAUAAAUAUUUUGGAUAUACAACCUAAACUAAAGCAUUUGUGUCUUCAAGUUAACAAGCAUUUAUGAAGCACCUACUGUGUGCCAGGCACUGUACUAUGCCUAUUUUGGGGAAAUAAAACCAAAACCGAAAUCAUCCCUGCCUUCAAGUCAAUAAAAUUUAUUAAGCACCUC